GCGGGACCUGCGGUUCGGAAUCCGCGCGCCCCACUCGCCGCAGUUCCCUCCACUCGGUGGCCCCGCGGCCCUGCGGGGAGUACCGGGGCGGCGGGCCGCUGAGACAGGGCGCGGGGCCAGCCCCGCCAGAGACGCCCUCGGCGGGGCCCGGACGGUCGCGGCAGCAGGAGGGACAUGGAGCCCUCUCCGGCGGCGGGGGGCUCGGAGACCACUCGCCUGGUGAGCUCGCGGGAGCGUGGCGGCGCGGGCGGCGGCCUACGCCUGAAGAGUCUCUUCACAGAGCCCUCUGAGGGCCUCCCUGAGGAGUCCAAGUCUGAGGAGAUGGCCUUCCAUCACUGCCAUAGGGACCUGGGGCCGCCACCGGGCCUUACCUCAGAGAGGCUGCAGGCGCGGAGGCAGCUGUAUGCUGCCUGUGCUGUGUGCUUCGUCUUCAUGGCUGGUGAGGUGGUUGGUGGCUAUUUGGCACACAGCCUGGCCAUCAUGACCGAUGCGGCCCACCUGCUGGCGGACGUGGGCAGCAUGAUGGGCAGCCUCUUCUCCCUCUGGCUCUCCACCCGUCCAGCCACCCGCACCAUGACCUUUGGCUGGCACCGCUCGGAGACUCUGGGCGCCCUGGCCUCCGUGGUGUCCCUCUGGAUAGUCACUGGCAUCCUCCUGUACCUGGCUUUCGUCCGCCUGCUGCACAGCGACUACCACAUCGAGGGGGGCGCCAUGCUGCUGACAGCCAGCAUCGCAGUUUGUGCCAAUCUACUAAUGGCCUUUGUGUUGCACCAGGCUGGCCCCCCACACAGCCAUGGGUCCCGUGGGCCAGAGUAUGCGCCCCUGGAGGAAGAGCCGGGGCAGCCACUUCCCCUGGGGAACACCAGCGUGAGAGCAGCCUUCGUGCACGUGCUGGGAGAUCUCCUGCAGAGUCUGGGGGUACUGGCUGCCUCCAUCCUCAUCUACUUCAAGCCUCAGUACAAGGUAGCUGACCCCAUCAGCACCUUUCUCUUCUCCAUCUGUGCUCUCGGCUCGACGGCACCCACCCUCCGAGAUGUUCUCCGCAUCCUCAUGGAAGGUACUCCCCGUAGCAUAGGGUUUGAACCUGUGCGGGAUACGCUGCUGUCCGUGCCAGGAGUCCGGGCCACCCAUGAACUGCACCUGUGGGCCCUGACGCUCACUCACCAUGUUGCCUCAGCACACCUGGCCAUCGACUCAGCGGCUGACCCCGAAGCUGUCCUGGCUGAAGCUUCGUCCAGGCUGCACUCCCGGUUUGGCUUCUCCAGCUGCACCCUGCAGGUGGAGCAGUACCGGCCAGAGAUGGCCCACUGCCUGCGGUGCCGGGAGCCCCCACAAGCCUGAGCCAUGGCCCCGCCCUUGUCCCCACCCCCCACUGCCAGGCCCAGACUCGGCCCCACCCCCAACCCCUGGACUCUCAGCACUCAUCUCCCUGAUUACGGAGAAGGAGGUUGAGCUGGGCCCAUACCCCUUCCUCUCCGCCCUCCUUCCACCUGCCAAGCCCCCCCAGCCCUAGGCCCCAGCGGGCAAGACCAAAGUGUGUGUGUGUGUGUGUGUGUGUGUGAGCACUGUGGGGCCAGGCUGUGCAGCCAGGAGCAGUGCAGGAGGGUGGAGGAGUGUGGAAGGCCUGUGGUCCCCGCCCCCACCCUGCGCUGGCCUGGGGAGCCAUGAGCUAGAUGUGUAGUGUGUCUGUCUGCGUGGCAGGCUGGCCGGAUGGCUGGGGCAUCUGCCUGUGUGUGUGUGCUGUCUGUGUGCCUAUGCCUAGGGGAGGCCAGCAGGGGCCCCCUCCCCACAUGGCCCUCGCUCUGUCUAUGCAGGGGUCCCCAAACCUGCACUUUGUUCCCAUGUUCAAGCCUGUGGUUUUUGUCUCUGUGUCUGUGUGUGUUUUUUGGUGCUGUGGCCUGUGUAUUUCUGUGCCUAUGUGGCUAUGCUCUGGUCUCAAUGAGUGUGCUCUGUCCACGUGGCCCUUUGGGGAGCUCUGUACGUCCAUCCCUCUGUCGGUGCUGUGCCCUUAGCCGUCCCAGAGAGGGGCGGCUCUGCUGAGGCUCCACCAAUAAACUUGUGUCUCACUGUGUA